AUGGAUGAUGAAAGCUCCUUUACAUGGUCCGUCGAGAGUUACCCAGGAUCAGUCAACGGCUCAGAUAAAAUUUCCAUCUCUGCUUCCGCUGACCUCUUAGGACCGACCCUUGAGAACCUGGGAAACCUAAUCCGAAUGCCUUAUGGCUGUGGUGAACAAAAUAUGUUGAACUUUGCCCCAAACAUACACGUGAUGCAAUACCUGGUAUCGUCAGGUCAGCUCACUCCCAGCGUCAAGGAUCAGCUUCUGAACUAUAUGAAAACAGGCUACCAGCAAGAGCUACUCUACCAGCACACUGACGGAUCUUUCAGCGCAUUUGGUAAUUCGGACGCCUCAGGAUCCACUUGGCUCACAGCAUUCGUGCUGAAGUUCUUCAGUCAAGCCGAAAGUUACAUUACUGUGGAUGAAGAUCUCCUUUCAUCCAAAACUUGGCUACUGUCGCUUCUAAGUGAGGACGGCUGCUUCCAAUCAGUCGGCUUUGUGAUUCGCUCCGAUAUGCAGGGCGGCGUCGAUGGUUCAGAAGCGUCGCUCGCGCCUCUCACAGCCUACGUCCUCAUAUCUCUUCUGGAAGGGAAUCUAACAGUGGAUCCGCAGGUAAGCAAAUGCCGUCACUUGCAUCACCACAGCCACCACGAGCAACAGCACCUAUAUCAAGGCGACAGCAGCGCUGCUGUUACGCUCAUUUCAGAUGUGUACAACAGUUUGACAUCAGGAAGUCCAGGUUUGUCUCAAGCGCUGACAGUUGAAGCAGCAGCCUACCUCCUUCUGUCCAUGGCUGAAGUGAAAAUCCAGGAUCCUACACUAACCUGGGAGUCCGAUAUUGCCAAGCUUAUAUCAACUUACCACAAUGGACAGGGAGGCUUCGUCUCGACACAGGACACAGUGGUUGCUCUGCAGUCCUUGGCAGCCUUCAGUGAAGCCUUCCCGCCGACAGAAACAGACCUCUUCAUAUCAGUCACUGCUGGAAGUCAGCCGUUUGACAUUGAGAUAAAUUCAGAGAACCGUCUUCUCCUGCAGACCAGCUACGUCACGGACGAUCCACCUUUUGAAGUUACUGUGACACCGUCUGGGAGUGGAUGCGCUCUCGUCACAGUUAAAGUUAGCCAUAAUCGUGCUUCUGGCAACGAUAUAGGACAGGCCACCACGGCCGGCUGA